AUGAAGGCCUCUACUCUCACCUCGCUAUCACUCUCCCUCCUCUCAACCGCCUCAUCAACGGCGGCUUCUUAUUCUCCUCCUCCCCUUGUCGUCGAUGUAGCUCCCGACCAUCUCCGCCCCUAUAUCCUCCCUCGUUACAAGGGCCAUGCCAUCAAGCUCACCACUUCUGGCCAAAUCAUCCGCUUCUCCAUCACCACAAACUCUUCUGAUGGCGCCUUUGCCGUUGUCCAACACACGAGCAAAUGGACCGGCUGGACCUCUGCGCGCCCUCACACUCAUCAGGAGGCCCACGAGCAUUUCUACUGCUCCAAGGGGAGAGUCGAGCUCUGGACCAAGAAGAACGUGACGGGCGCCAUCGAUGAGGCUCGAGUGCUCACUUUGGGUGAUUUCGGUACUGCUCCGCCAGGCACGAUUCACACCUUUCAGCACACAGAUCCAGACAGUCAGCUUACGCACAUCUACAACCCAGCCGGGUUCGAGGAGCUGUACAACGUCUUCAGCAUCGGAGACUUUGUUUCUCCCCAUGGGUCACCAUAUCAGCUUAUAGGGGACGACCAGCAGCCUUUUGGCGAUGUCACACCUGAACAGGAAGCCCUGCUCAACUCUCUUGACUUGUACGUGGCCAAGGCUGACGUCUAUGUGCCGCGACGAGACUUUGUCAACGGCACUGCUGGCGAUCCCAGCAUCAACUGGCACAACAGCAACAAUUGGCACAAUGGCAACAACUCGCUGUCCAGCGAUCCUACAGAUCCGUACUACGUCGCCAAAGACUACGGGCCAAAGUAUCUCAAUAGCGAAAAUGGCUACAAGGUCAUCCAGCCGCUCCUCACGGCCGAGCAGACGCCCAACAAGAACUUUACUAUUGGCACUCUCACGCUGUCUCCAAAGCUCGAGGGCGACAAGACGAACGUCGCCAAGCUGCCUCACCACUUUGCGAUUCAGAUGGACGAAGGCCAGCUUGCUCUGACCAUCCAAGGCUACAAGACAGAGUAUCUGCUCCCGGGAGACGUGGCAUUUAUUCCUUCUGGUACUCGAUUCGAAUAUUAUGCUACAGUACCGUUUACAAAGUUUUUGUAUUUGAAUGGUGGAGCAAAGGGAUUGGAUUACGAGCUGUUGGCAAACGCGGUGCCGUGGGAUUUCCCCGCCUAUCCCGAGUAG